AUGUGGGAGGAAGCCGCGGUGGUAUGCAUCAUGCAGCUGAACGCGAACGCGAAGCCAAAACCAGAUCAUUGCCGAAUCCUGGUUAAGGAAGUGCGCGUGGAUCCCGCUUCUACGAGCCUCAAGCAUAAAAUCUCCGUACGCACGCUAACAGAUAUCGAGCUGUCACUUGCUGUGACGACAUCAGUGGGCCCUGUUGCAACAAAACGCUGCUGGUCUCAACGGCCUCUUAUCUCUUUUAAGGUAAAGUUCACCAGUGCACCACAGAUCCAUGUGAUCACGAAGUGUUCCAACAUCACGGUCAGGAAAAAAACGCUGAAAGUAAAAUACUGCGAAGUCACAGGCUGCAUCGAUGGAAGAUAUAUCGGUGUACGGCAGUGCCUUGGCUGUUCCUACGUGAAAAGGGUGAAGAAACACCGCCAGCAUGUACAACGGCUGUUCGCAGGCUUUCCAACGGUCUUCCACGAGAUUGACAAUCGGCCAGCGCCAAGCCAAGAUGCGCCGUGCACGCGCACAUUGACCAGCAUCAUCAGUGAUUACGGCUCCAACAUUCCAUCCAUCAUUAAUCAUUUCAAUGAGGAGCGCUUCCAUUUGUCGCGCGAGAGCGACUCCAUCGUGCUCGGAGCCGACCGGCUUUAG